UGCAGAUAAUUGUUGUCAUUUUCCAUGAAUUGUUUAAAUUCAAUUCUGGCAAAAGGAUAUGAUAGAAAAUAUUAUGAAUUUAUAAAGCAUCAUUAUUUUCAUAAACACAUUAUAAAAUGUCAAUUUACGACUUCAUCUAACGUAACUAAUCAUCAAAAGCUAACAAUAAAAUCCAAUGAAUCUAAGCCUUCCUAUGAGUAUAUUAUCAUUGGAGCCGGUUCAGCUGGAUGUGUUUUGGCCAAUCGAUUAAGUUUACCACAUCCUAAAACAAAACAUUCCAGUAAAGUUCUGGUUCUAGAAGCUGGUCCUACAGAUACUGGAAUUUCCAGAUGGACAAUUAAGAUGCCAGCUGCUCUUAUGUAUAAUCUUUGUGAUAAUAAAUAUAAUUGGUAUUAUCACACAGUUCCUCAAAAACAUAUGAAUGACCGUACUAUGUACUGGCCUCGAGGUCGUGUUCUUGGCGGUAGUUCGUCUCUAAACGCCAUGGUCUAUAUUCGAGGUCAUGCACUAGACUAUGAUAGGUGGGAAUUAGAGGGUGCUGAAGGUUGGAGUUAUGCGAAUUGCUUGCCAUAUUUUCGCAAAGCUCAAACUCAUGAACUAGGAGGCAACCAAUAUAGAGGUUCUGAUGGUCCAUUAUAUGUAUCCAGAGCAAAAACCAAUCACCCACUACAUUCAGCCUGGAUUGAAGCUGGUAAACAGGCUGGAUAUCCGUUUACUGAUGAUGUAAACGGCUAUCAACAAGAAGGCGUGGGAUACUUUGAUAUGACGAUUAAAAACGGUGAAAGGUGGUCAACUGCAAGUGCUUAUUUACAUCCAGCUCUGAAGUCCAGUUCUAACCUAACUGUUGAGACAAAUGCGACAGUCACACAGAUACUUUUUGAAAAUACAAGAGCGAUUGGGGUGAAAUACACUAAAAAUGGUCAAGUUCAUGAAGCUAGGGCAGAAUCUGAAGUAAUCUUAUCAGGAGGAGCUAUAAACUCUCCACACUUGCUAAUGUUAUCAGGUAUUGGUGAUGUGGAUUACUUACGCUCAGUUGGAAUAGAUGCUUGGCAUCAUUUACCCGGUGUCGGACAAAAUUUACAAGAUCAUUUGGAAUUAUAUGUACAACAAGCUUGUGAAAAGCCAAUAACUCUUUACAAAGCUCAGUGGAAAUAUCCACAUGUUAUGAUUGGGAUCGGUUUGAAAUGGAUAAUGUUCCGUCAAGGCUGGGGGGCGACAACUCAUUUAGAAAGUGGUGGUUUCGCGAGAACAGAAGCAAAUAUUUCUCAUCCUAAUAUUCAGUUUCAUUUUCUACCAUCGACAAUCCAUGAUCAUGGACGUAAAAUGGGCAGUCAGCAUGCAUUUCAGGUGCAUGUUGGUCCCCUGAGAGCAAGAAGUCGUGGCCAAAUUUUAUUGUCACCAACAAGUGUAGGUUUCGCUCCAAAGAUAGACCCAAAUUACUUAGCUUGUGAAACUGAUCGAGCAGAAAUGCGAGCCGCCAUCCGUUUGUCACGCGAAAUAUUUGCUCAGCCUGCAUUAGCGAAAGAAUUUGCAGGAAAAGAAUUGGCUCCGGGUGAAGAUAAAAUAUCAGAUUCACAGCUGGAUGAAUUUGUACGUUCUUGUGGUGAUAGCGCAUAUCAUCCUUCAUGCACUUGUCGUAUGGGUAAAAAUCCUGAUGGUCGUAAAGCCGGAAAAGAUGAAGAGAUUCAAAAUGGUUAUUUGGGAAAUGGCAGAAUAGAAGCAGCGGUUACACGAUCAGACUGUAAAGUAUGGGGUAUCGACAAUCUUCGUAUUGUUGAUGCGAGUAUAAUGCCAUCUAUUGUUUCAGGUAAUUUAAAUGCACCUGUCAUUAUGAUGGCGGAAAAAGCUGCAGAUAUUAUCAUCAGUUCCCGAGAUGGAGUAUCUGUUGUUUUGCCAGCUGAUCUAAAUGCCUCCUACUUUAAACCAAAACAUUGUGAUAGACAACGUGACGGUGUUCCAGUCGUAUCUCAUCAAUUGACUUAACAAAUGCAGACACAAAAAUUAAGCUGACCAAUACACCAUAUUAAUCUUCUUGUUCUAAACAUACUACCUAAAAAAAAAUACAUUAUCACACUCAUCAAAUAAUUGCCUUACAAUCAGUGCUUUACUUGUAUUCCCUUGUUUAUUUUCAAGAUUUUUGAACAAUUAGACAAUAUUACUUUCUGAUUUCACAGAUAUAUUGAAAGUGUUUAGUUUGUAUUUAGAAGAAAUUCCACUGAAUAACAUUUUUUUUCAAAGAUCCAUGUUCUAUUUUAUAUUUCUGUUUGUCUCUAUUGGUUAUUCUAUAACAGUACUUGCUAUUAUUUCAAUCUCGAAUAUUAAAAAUUUCAUUCUAUUAUUUUGAAAUAAAAAUCAUAAUUAGAUUG